AUGUUGACCGGAUCACUAAUAGCCGCUACACUAACGGUGAAUGCUCCCAGUCAACAUCUGGCGGCAUCGCUCAAAGAUGUCGGAGUCUUCCAGUAUGAUAUUCAACCUCAGACCACUCUCCGUACAGGUUUCAAGAAAAGCUCGACCAACCCACGCUGUCUCGCUGUCAGCCGUGCACACAUCUACGCGGCACAGGCUACUAAAGCUGUAGUACACGUCUACAGCCGCCAGAAGGGUAAUCUUGAAGCCACUGUUCCAUUUCCUGACCGCAUUCAUAGCGUGGCUUUCGCGGAAGCCGCACAGGUACUGAUUCUCGGCACCGAUGAUGGGAAGCUCGUGCUCUGGGAAGUCGGGACUGGCCGCAUCACGACAUCUUCAGCGUCACAUCUGCAGGCAGUGACACAGCUCCGUGUGACGCCGGACAACGAUCUCAUUCUCUCGGGCUCGCCUGACACGACUGUACAAAUCUGGUCCCUGUCGCAACUUCUGUCGUUCUCCUCGUCUGCGCAUUCAUACUCAGGGGAGGCAUCCAAUGUCCCCAUAAACACCUUCGAGAACCACCGAAAUCCAAUCACUGCACUGUCUUGUGGAAAUUCCAGGUCGAGCACAAACUUCGCGGUCUCCGCCGCAGCGGACUCCACGUGUCAUAUAUGGCAGAUUCAAUCAUGCCAGAUUCUCCGUACUGUGCUUUUGCCGGCGGCACCUAUGUGCAUUGCCAUAGAUCCCGCAGAUCGUGCAGCAUAUCUUGGCGACGAGUCCGGAUCGAUCAGCCACAUCGACCUGAUAGAACUGGGCCAGUCAACAGUAACCUCGGGUGAGAGUGGCCGACUAACCGACAUCGGCAAGCAGAAGCAAUGGACGACGUCGUCAAACGCUGGCUCAAUGCAUUGCCUUGAUGUGUCCUACGACGGCACUUAUCUCGUGUCCGGCCACACACACGGCGAUCUUCUCCGCUGGGACGUGGCCAAGCACAAAGUCAUGUCUGAUGUCUCCAAGUUAGGUCAACCGAUUUCGAAUGUCCAGAUACUUCGUCCAGAAGGGCUUCCAGAAGCGACACCGGUUAGCUUCGACAUCGUAGAAGUCACAAAGCCUAGGCUUGAGUUCGCCGCACAAUCAGAUAGUGGCAGUACCAACAUACCCGCAACCUACAAGCUGCAUGCGAGCUUGCGAGGAAAGCGGCAAUCGGAAACGAAUGCAGUCGCGCUGGCCAUGACGACUGAUGGCUGGCCGAGCAGUAUACUUGACGCUGCUGUCGACGCAGUGAGCAGAAGUGGUGCGGAUUCGCAGUCGCAGGUGCCAAAGUCCACCCUGCGUCAAGCAGAGACACUCAAGACAGAAAAUGAGCAGCUCAAGCGCAAUCUAGCAGCGCAUAAGGAAGCAGAGCUGCAGCGUAUGGAGAGAAGCCUCCAACGAAUGGCUAGACGUGAGGAUAUCGACCUGGACAGGCGAAAAGCGUACCAUCAGGCCAUCAAGAAUGGAGCCGAUAGGAAAACUGCCAAUGGAGCAAUGCUGGAGGUCGAGGCAGCCUCGCAGCGAGAGCGUGACCAGCUAGACGCUGAUAGCGACGCAGAGGCAUUCCCUGAUGCCAUGGACGUGGGCUAG